AGUCAGCACUAAAAUGCUAUCCGGUUAGAUUUCCCCGUCAACGGGUUGUGCCAAAACUGUGCUCACUGCGCCUUGCUUCCUCUCCACAGAACGAACACGGACGAAAAGAACACCAUGUUAUCCAGAUUUAAAGACGCUACAUUUCAGCAGUGAAAAGAGGAGGGAGAGACGGAGGAGAGUGAACUAACAACAUAGGCUAGAAAGGGACUCGGAGAAGAGAGAAUCCCACCGACCAUCUGCGUGAGGCGAGAGAGAGGAGGAGGAGGCCGAAGGGAGAGCAGCAGCAGACUGCGCUUUGGAAUAACCUACGGUUCCCGUUGAUUUGAAAGGAGAAUUUUGAAUUGUAUUUAUUAUUCUGUGAGACGUUUUACUAAAUUCCCACAAAAUGUCAUCUUCUGGCAAAGACAACAGCGCACACUAUAUGAACUAUGUGGGACCUUAUCGUUUGGAAAAGACCCUCGGCAAAGGACAGACAGGCCUGGUGAAGCUGGGAAUCCACUGUGUCACGUGUCAGAAAGUGGCCAUCAAGAUCGUCAACAGGGAGAAACUCAGCGAGUCUGUCCUCAUGAAGGUGGAGCGAGAGAUAGCCAUUCUGAAGCUCAUAGAGCACCCUCACGUUUUAAAGUUGCACGACGUCUACGAAAACAAGAAAUAUUUGUAUCUGGUGCUAGAGCACGUGUCAGGGGGAGAGCUGUUUGACUACCUGGUCAAGAAGGGACGGUUAACACCCAAGGAAGCCAGGAAGUUCUUCAGGCAGAUCAUCUCAGCUCUGGACUUCUGCCACAGUCACUCCAUAUGUCACAGAGAUCUGAAGCCAGAGAACCUGUUGUUAGAUGAGAAGAACAACAUCAGGAUAGCAGACUUUGGCAUGGCGUCUCUGCAGGUCGGGGAUAGUCUGUUGGAGACCAGCUGCGGAUCUCCUCACUAUGCCUGCCCAGAGGUCAUAAGGGGGGAGAAGUACGACGGGAGGAAAGCAGACGUGUGGAGCUGCGGGGUCAUCCUCUUUGCACUUUUAGUGGGCGCCCUGCCAUUUGACGAUGACAACCUGAGAAACCUGCUGGAGAAAGUGAAGUUGGGUGUUUUCCACAUGCCCCACUUCAUCCCCCCAGACUGUCAGAACCUCCUUCGGGGCAUGAUCGAGGUGGAUGCCACUAAGAGACUCACGUUGGAGCAGAUCCAGAAGCACAACUGGUACAUAGCUGGGAAGAACGAGCCUGAGCCGGAGCAGCCUGUCCCCAGGAAGGUGGCCAUCAGAACCCUGAGCACUGAAGAGAUAGACCCGGACGUCCUGGAGAGCAUGCACUCUCUGGGUUGCUUCAGAGACAAGGGCAAACUCACCAAAGACCUGCUCUCUGACGAUGAUAACCAGGAGAAGAUGAUCUACUUCCUGCUACUGGACCGGAAGGAGAGGUACCCCAGUCAGGAGGACCAGAACCUCCCCCCGCGCAGUGAGAUUGCUGACCCGCCCAGGAAGCGUGUGGACUCCCCCAUGUUGAACCGCCAUGGGAAGAGGAGGCCGGAGAGGAAGUCUAUGGAGGUGCUGAGCGUCACAGAGGGGGGCUCUCCUGUACCUGUACGACGAGCCAUCGACAUGGCCACACAUGGACAGAGGUCACGGUCUAUCAGCGGAGCAUCCUCCGGUCUCUCCACUAGUCCUCUCAGCAGUCCCAGGCCGGUCCGGCGCUUCUUUAUCCCGCCCCAGUCGCCGGACCUCUGUCAGUCGCCCAACUGUAGCCCCACCCAUUCCCCAGAGUUCCGCCUUAACCAUAACGGGGUAGGGGGGGCCAACCGCGUGCACCCACACCCGCUUCCAAACUCCUACACGCCAAAGAUGGGGUCCCCCCUGAUGCACCCCCGCACACAGACCCUCCCCGCCAAGCCCAAAGUGUCUGAGAAGCCCCUUCAGACCACCAGGUCCAACCCCCUUCCCAACUCAGCUGACAGCCCAACCACCCCCAAGUCGGAGCCCACCUCCCCCUCCUCACCCCUGGGCAGCCCCCCCUACGUCCCCAACAGCCCGCGGCCACGCCGCCACCCGCCCCUCACUGUGCCCCCCAAGCUCUCCAUCCCCCUGUCGCCGGCGCCACCCAUGUCCCCCCUCCACCGGCACCGCCUCCACCCUGACCACAACGGUCACAAAUCUGUCCCCACCAUACAGGUGACUCCCCACCCCUCUCCGCGGGGGAGCCCCCUCCCUACCCCCAAGGGCACUCCGGUGCACACGCCAAAGGAGAGCCCAGCGGGCACCCCUAGCCCCACGCCGCCCCCCAGCCCCUCCAUCGGCGGGUUGCCCUGGAGGACGCGUCUCAACUCCAUCAAGAAUAGCUUCCUGGGCUCGCCACGCUUCCAUCGCAGGAAAAUGCAAGUUCCCACCCAGGAGGACAUGUCCAGCCUCACACCAGACUCUUCACCAGAGCUUGCCAAGAAGUCAUGGUUUGGUAACUUCAUCAACCUGGAGAAAGAGGAGCAGAUCUUUGUGGUGAUCAGAGACAAGCCUCUCAGCUCCAUCAAAGCAGACAUCGUUCACGCCUUCCUCUCUAUCCCCAGUCUGAGCCACAGUGUGAUCAGUCAGACAAGUUUCCGGGCGGAGUAUAAGUCCACAGCCGGCCCUACAGUGUUUCAGAAGCCGGUCAAGUUCCAGGUGGACAUCACCUAUACAGAGAGCACCGCCGCCACCAAAGAGAACGGCAUCUAUUCGGUCACCUUCACCCUGCUCUCAGGUCCCAGCCGCCGUUUCAAGCGUGUAGUUGAGACCAUUCAGGCUCAACUGAUGAGCUCACAUGACCAGCCCGGGGUCCAGCAGAUCUCUGGCAGCCCGUUGAGUAACUUCUUUGACGUAAUUAAACAGCUUUUUUCAGACGAGAAGAACAGCCAGGCGUCGCACAACCCCCCUGGCACACCCGGCACACCUAGCCCCGCCCCCGCCAAGCAUGCCCCCAGCAGCAGGCGAAACGAGCCAUGUCCCCCACCCACUCAGCCCACUGACUCUAAAUGCCCCCCGCUUCUGGGCAAAGACAAACAAACAAAGAUGGCCGCCACCAGCCGGACUGGGGAACAACCUUAAGACCGGAGAGAAGUAGCUAGCUCUCUGUUGCAUGACUAGAUAAUAACCACCUGUUAUCAGGUCAUUCAAAACCCAAUACAAAACCCACAAGAGUGUGUGAGAGAUGACAAAAGAAAUGAGAGAUGCUGCUUUCUUUGCUUUAGUCAGUAGGCUUAGUGUGUUUGUGUCUCGAGAAAAAUCUACUUUUGAUUAUCACAGAGAGAAACGUUUGUACUGUAUAAUAAUGGAAUGACUACUCUUUGAGUUUAGCAAUCGAUCAUUGAUCAGUAUUUGACGAUAUACCACAUGUAGCCAUGUUCCUUUUCUGUUCAUCUACCCUCUCGUCCCUUUCCCACGCCGUGGGAUGUGUGUUGGUGUGUAUGUGUCUGCUCUGUGAUGAUGGCUUGACCUUGUCUCUACCACCAGGGAUCAUCACUAAAACCUAUUAGAGAAACAAGAUGGAGGACAGUGUGUGUGUCCCAACCUGGGGCACUUUGUCAACAACGGGAGUAAGUGAGCCAGAGACGGAGGACAAGAGAAAGACUUCACAUACUUCACACUGCUGUCCCCCUCCUCCCCAUGCACCCCUCCUGCUUUCCACCCGCACCCGCACACACACACAUACACUAAACAGUAGAGUACUAGAGAAUCUCUCUUCAUCAUGACCGACACCCAGAGACAGAUUAGCCGAAGAGUUGGAGAAAAGCCUUAAAAAGACUGAUGUUUGUCAAACCUAUACUACACGCAUCCCCUCUCCUCCUUUCUCUCCUCAUUGUCUAUCCUCCUACACACACACACACACACACACACUGGGGGGAUGUAAAGACUUGUGCACAAAGACGAAUGGAAGUAGAACCACUAUGAAAGUUGGAGAGAGGAGGCGCGACUCUUGGACGUUGGAUGGACGUUGGCUGAACGUUGGCUAAACUUUGGCUGGAUUGUAAUUCUUUUUAAUGUAGUCCUUCUUUGUGAACUACAGGAUUUUUAACACUUUAGACGUAUUCAGACUCUGUGUCAUUGCUGUAAAUGAAAUGAAAUUGAGUUAAUUGACUUUGGGUGGGCAAAUGGGGAGGGAGGGGUACACAAAUGAAUGAUCUAUUCUGUUGUACAGACUAACUACAGUAUGUUCCCAUAUGUACAACGUUUGUGUAGUUGUGACAUUAUGUUUAGCUAAGAACUUAUCACUAUCUUCUGUGUUUUCUACUUUUUGGAUGUGUUUUAUCGAUUAAAUGUUGUAUUUUAUUUUCGGUUCCCUUUUGAGGGAUGAAUCAUUUCAGGGUUUUCAUUUUCUUCCAUUUUGUUUUGAUCAUGUUCCUUUUCGGGGCGGCAGUGUAGCCUAGUGGUUAGAGCAUUGGACUAGUAACCGAAAGGUUGCAAGUUCAAAUCCCCGAGCUGACAAGGUACAAAAUCUGUCGUUCUGCCCUUGAACAGGCAGUUAACCCACUGUUCCUAGGCCGUCAUUGAAAAUAAGAAUUUGUUCUUAACUGACUUGCCUAGUUAAAUAAAGGUAAAAUAAAAAAAAUUCAGACAAUAGUGGACAUAAGUAUUGUGUAUAUUUGUGUACCUUCUUGUAUUUUUUUGUCAUCUUUGUUUUCAUUGAUUUAUUUAUAUAAACGAUGUAGAAAAUGUAUUAGAUAACUUAUAAGGAUUGUUUUUGUGUCAUGUUUAAUUUAUUGAUCGUUGAUCAUUCUCUAAAUGUUUUUGUGAACAUUCAUUCCCUCAUCGAUGAGAAAGCUUGUAAUAUAUACAUUUGGAAAAGGAUUUACGGUAAUUUAAGAAUGUAGACUAGUCUCUUUGAGAGGAACGAGCCCUCUGUUGAUAAUAAUUGUGCGCUCCUUCUCGUUGUGUGUGUACCACAUCAGAGACAUCACUCCAGCCACUCGCCUUGUAAAUACAAAACAAUUUGCUGACAAACGUAUUUCAAAAAAAACAAGGGGACUCCUACACUUAGCUUUUACCUUGUGGUGUCGUUUGCAUGUCCAACAUGUGUCUUUUCUUUGCAUGUAGUUGUUGGAAUUGUUCUGUCCCUUCCCCCCCCCCUUCUUUCUCUCUCUCUUUCGUUCUUUCUUUCCUGUCUCUUAAUUUGUUUCUCUUAUUUUUCUUUUCUCCCUCACCACUUCGGUUGUUUGUUCGUCUUUGAGUUCUUUCCUCGCACCCUCCCCUCCCCUUCCUUAUACUAUUGUGCACAUUUACCGUGCAAUGCAUCCUCUGCACGCACACACACGCACACACACACAGUCUCUCUCAAAGAGCGACCCGAUACUCUGGUCACGAAUUCUGUCUGGGGUGGGAAUUGGUAUCAGAAGAGAUAAAAUAAAGCAAUACCUAUUAGUGUUAUUCUUUCUAUUUUGUACUAUUGGGUAACCAGGCCACACAGGAUGAUGGACAUACAGUAGAACACAACGCCAGGAGCGCUGGUAUUUAGCAGGAAACCACUGGCAAUGUAUCCCCUUGUGACAUAACUGUGAACAACUUCAGUGCAAAAGGAAAUAAAUCUGUCGACUUUG